AGGAGAGGAGUAAGAAAAUAACAAUCACAUCCACAAUCAGCCCCAUACCUUUUGGUUUUGUUUCUUUGGCCUCUUGGGAUGCUUCAAAGAUUCAAUUAAAAGCAAAAAAAAACUCUUCUUUAACAUAAACUUAAUUUCAUAUUUCUAAAUUCUUAAUUUCACAGAUAGAUUGAUUCUGCCAUGGCAGAUCUCAGCUUCCAUUAACCUUCUUGCUUUCUCUCUCUUCCUUCACCAUUCACUAAUCACCAAUCACCACCUUCUUCAUUGCUUUCCUUUUUCCUAUAUAUAUUAACUCUCUUUCUCUCUCCUUUUCUACAUCCCUUUUUAAAUCUCCAUUACCAAAACUUCAUUAUUCUCCAUCUUCUUUACAUAUAUCUUAUUUUUAUGCUCAAAUUUGGAUGUUUUUGCUUCAAUAAACACUCCAAAUUUGUAUUUGUUUUUCAUACACUUGAGCUACUAAUAAUUUUUUUAAAAUUUACUACAUGAUGUAUCAUAAUUUAUAAUUUUCUUUAGUAUUUUUUCAACGCCCAAGUACAAAGCACUUAGUGCGCUAGGUACAACUACUGCUUCUUCCUCCUCUAUGUAGGUCCAUACCUUUUUCUUAUAUUUCAUAUAAUUUCUUUUCUUUUUUCAUAUAGUUAUGGGCAUUUUUCCCUUUUCCUAUUAUUAGCCUUUUCUCUCUCCUCACUUUAUUUGUUUUCUCAUUGAAAAUUUAUCCACUUGGGUGUUUUUUUGAGAAAUUUUUCUUCAUGAUUUUCCAUUUAUUGUUUUAGUUUUAGGGUGUGUGGGGGUUCUUUUUUUUUUCUGGGUGAUUUUUUUUUUUGAAGAAUUGUUAAGAGAUGGGUUCAAAAAAGUGCAAAAAUUCAUCAAACCCAGAAAAUUUGAGAAAGAUCUCUUCAUUCCCAGAUGAAGUGUUGGAAAAAGUUAUAGGCUUUUUGGAAUCUCACAAAGAUAGAAGCUCAGUUUCAUUAGUUUGCAAAGAUUGGUAUAAUGCUGAAAGAUGGAGUAGAACCCAUGUUUUUAUUGGGAAUUGUUAUUCUGUAACACCUGAAAUUGUUGCUAGAAGAUUCCCAAAAAUUAGGAGUGUUAUCUUAAAAGGAAAACCCAGAUUUUCAGAUUUUAAUUUGGUGCCUGAAAAUUGGGGGGCUGAUAUUCAUACUUGGCUUCUUUGCUUUGCUAAAGCUUACCCUUUUUUGGAAGAACUUAGGUUAAAAAGGAUGAGUGUUAGUGAUGAGAGUUUGGAGUUUUUGGCUAUGAAUUUCCCUAAUUUUAAGAGGAUUUCUCUUCUCAGCUGUGAUGGGUUCAGUACUGAUGGCCUUGCUGCUGUUGCCACUCAUUGCAAAAACUUAGUUGAGCUCGACAUUCAGGAAAAUGGAAUUGAUGAUCGCAGUGGCAGCUGGUUGAGUUGCUUUCCUGAAAACUUCACGUCAUUGGAGAUUCUAAACUUUUCCAAUCUUCAGUCAGAAGUCAGCUUUUCUUCCCUUGAUAGACUUGUAGCUAGGUGCAAAUCUCUGAGAGUCUUGAAGGUGAACAAAAAUGUGAACCUGGAUCAAUUACAGAGGCUGCUCAUCCAUGCUCCUAGGCUGACACAGUUAGGAACAGGUUCCUUUUCACAGGAGCUCCAGCCUUCCCAGUAUGCUAGUCUUGAAAACGUGUUUAACAACUAUCACAAUCUUCAAACCAUCUCUGGUUUAUGGGAAGCCAAUUCACUACAUCUGCCUGUUCUCUAUCCUGCUUGCUCUGGGCUAACUUUUUUGAAUUUGAGCGAUGCAGCUCUGCAAUGUGAUGAACUUGCUCAGCUUCUUGGUCACUGUCCAAAUCUUCGACGUCUUUGGGUGCUCGACACUGUUGGUGAUAAAGGUCUGGAAGCUGUUGGAUCCAGCUGUCCUUUGCUUGAAGAACUUCGGGUAUUCCCUGCUAGCCCAUUUGAUGCUGAUAUAGUCCACGGGGUUACAGAGACUGGUUUUGUUGCAGUGUCCUAUGGUUGCCCUAAACUCCACUAUGUCCUCUACUUUUGUCGCGAGAUGACAAAUGCUGCUGUAGCGACUAUUGUACAAAACUGCCCUGAUUUUACUCAUUUCCGCCUCUGCAUAAUGAAUCCAGGUCAACCUGACCACUUAACCAAUGAACCAAUGGACGAGGCUUUUGGUUCGGUGGUAAAAUCUUGUAAGAAGCUCAGAAGACUUGCAGUUUCCGGGUUAUUGACUGAUUCAACAUUUGAAUAUAUUGGGAAAUAUGCCAAAAACUUGGAGACACUUUCCGUGGCUUUUGCUGGAAGUAGUGACCUGGCCAUGAAAUCUGUUCUUUCUGGUUGUCCUAAGCUGAGGCGGUUGGAAAUAAGGGAUUGUCCCUUUGGAAAUUUUGCUCUUCUCUCAGGGUUGGAGAGAUAUGAAUCGAUGAGGUCGCUUUGGAUGUCCGCUUGCAAUGUUACAAUGAGUGCUUGUAGGCAGUUGGCAAAGGAAAUGCCUAGGUUGAAUGUUGAGGUUAUAAAGGAUGAGGAUACUGAUGACUGUCAUGCUAAUAAAGUUUAUGUCUAUCGCACUGUUGCGGGACCCAGAAAAGAUGCUCCUCCUUUUGUUCUCACGCUUUGAGACCGAUGCAGUUGCUUGGAUGAAAUUUAGAAGAUGGCUGCAUAAUUUCGAAUACCAUGUCGUUGUUUCACACAAGAGAAUAACUAGUGAAAAACCCAGCAUGUUCUGCUGCGUAAUGGCUCCCUGCCAUCGCCAAGUCGUGUGUAAGUAAAACAUGGUAGCAGCUGCAACCUGUGUUGAUUGUACUCCAGGACAAGGAUCAGUGAAGGGUAAGGAUCCAAUGGUUGGUGGACGUGAUCUGUUUUCUGGUCAGAUCUGAAGUAUUUAAGUGAGUCAUGACAUAGAUGGAUGUCUAAGUAUCACAUAUGGGUAUCUACUAUCCAGGGGAAUGUAAGAGAAAAGAAUGGCAUCCAAACCAGGAGACGUGGGACAAGAGAUUAUGAAAGAUAAUGCUUUUCAGAUGCAUUCGAUCAUUGUCUGCAACCUUCUGAGAGUUCGCCAACAACAGGAUUUAUGCUGGGAAUGUUGUAAUAUUGUAAUAAUGUAGUUGAAAAUUUGUGAAAAAAUUCAGUGAAUUGUACCCGAGUUCCAUUCAUAAACAUGUAGCUGGUUGUAAACAGUUUAUCUUGUGAUGUAUUAGAUUUUAGUAGUACUAAUGUGCUGGCUUAGCUAUGCUGCAUUUUCUUAAGCUGAUAUGAACUAGUGUACACAAAAUUUCUUGUAAAAUGAGUAAUUUCUUGUAAAAUUACUUUUGAUAAA